AGUUGCCUUUUUGAUCAGCUGUAGGCUACUAAUGUCUAACUUGCUCCGCUUCUGUUUCUCCCACAGGUAACUAUGGCUGCUAAUGCCAAAACUCGAUCGCGCCAUACUGUUUACCUACUGGGAAACGUGACUGGUGAACCAAUCCUUGGAGCAAAACUUCCUACUGUUGGUCAGGCUCUAUCCUUCUUCUACUGGAAACUCAAGGAAGACAAAGUUUCCGUCCGGGGAAGUGCUGCGGCAACGGUAGAAGAGGUUGCAAAGACAUGGACACGCGCUAAUCUCCCAAUGUGCCAGGUGAAGCAUAGCAUCACACGAGUGGAGAAGUUCUACGAGUCCUGGAGGACGCUGCAGAAGGGAGCCAAGAGAGGAGGCCCGACGCAAAAGAAAAAGGAAGAGGAAUUCCAGGCCACUCUCAACCAGACGUUGGAUCUCCGCCAUCAGGACUGGAGGACUCUGGUGAUCUGCCAAGAAGAUCGGGUCUUCCUUCAGGACCAGUUUUCCGAAAGAAGGGCAACUAUUGGUGCCUUGGACAAAACGUUUGAAAAGAAGAUGAAGAGGAAAGCUGACAAGGUAGCCGCCGAGGAUGCUCGGAAGAAGAAAGAAGCAGCAAGGAAGUCAUUCAGUAGUUUCGGGGCUGUUGCGGAGUCUUCGGACUCCGACUCCGCAUCUUCUACCAACUCUUCCUCAUCCGAGUACGAAGGGGCCUCUCCGCCUAAGCAGAAACGUCCCAUCAACAUCAUCUUCCCGGAAGUGGCCGCAAGUCUGGACAGGACAAAGACAACAGAUCGGAUGGCAGUGCACACCAUCGCAGCCAUCUCCAGAGCUCAGGGAGUGAACCCCGAAGAGCUAGCUCUAAAUAAGUGGACCAUCAAUCGAAGCAGGCGAGCUCAUAGGACUCAAGUCAUGGAGGACCUACAAGCUGAGUUUGCUGAAACUGUCAAUGGUCCGCUGGUCGUACAUUGGGACGGAAAGCUUCUUCCUGAUCUUAUGGGAACCGGAAAACACGAGAAGGUGGAUCGUCUCCCCAUCAUCGUCUCCAGUUCCAGUCGGGAGCAGCUGCUCAACGUUCCUAAGCUGCCAAGCGCAGCUGGUCACGCAAUGGCGGACGCUGUCGUAGCCUCGCUGAAGAGCUGGCGUCUCACCGAUCACGUGAAGGCCAUGUCUUUCGACACGACCGCCAGUAACUCGGGAGUUCGGGGAGGUGCAGCUGUCUUGAUCGAAGGGAAGCUGGGCAGAGAUCUGCUGUUCCUCCCCUGUCGUCACCAUAUUCUGGAGAUCGUCUUGGCGGAUGUGUUCAAGUCCCUCUUCGGGCCAACUUCUGGCCCGGAGAUCCCCAUCUUCAAACGCUUCAAGGAAAAGUGGUCCUUUGUCUGUCGGGAUCGACCGGAGGAGGGUGCGCUGGAUAAAGAAACGGCCGUCAUCCUCGCUGGACAUCAGGAUCUCAAGACUGCUGCUUUGGAGUAUGCCAUGGAGACUGUGGAGCAGGACCACCAGCGCGACGACUUCCGCGAGCUCUUGGAGCUCACGAUCGUCUACCUUGGCGGAGUCCCUCCCAGAGGCAUUCGGAUCAUGGCACCCGGAGCCAUGCACCAGGCCCGAUGGAUGGCCAAAGCAAUCUACGGAUUGAAGAUCUUCCUGCUCCGGAGCCAACUCAAGCUGACAGUGAAGGAGACCACGGCCCUGAGAGUUUUCAGUCUCUUCGUCACCUUGGUGUACACUGAGGCCUGGUUCCGUGCUCCCCAGGUUCUGGAAGCCCCACUCAACGACUUGAACCUCUUCAAGAAGAUUCGAUCUUUUUAUGCUAUCGACGCGGAAACGUCAAAGAUAGCAGCAGAGGCCAUGGGACGCCACACAUGGUAUCUUGGGGAGGAGUCCGUGGCCCUCGCCUUUUUUGACCCUCGCGUUCCCUCAGAGACAAAGAGGGAGAUGGCAGCAGCCCUCAAGACGGAGAUGGACGGUCGUCCGCCCAAGAGACCAAAGCUUGGGGAUCCCGCCUCUCUGCCACUCCCCGAUCUCGUGACGGCAAGAAGUAAAAGAUUCUUCGAGAUCCUGGGAACCGAAGUGGGGUGGAUGGAGAAGGUGCCAGACGACUGGGUGGACGAUGUAUCCUUCCAGACUGCAAAGAAGGUUGCGUCUGCCCUUGUCACGGUCAAUGACAGGGCCGAGCGCGGCGUGAAGUUGAUCCAAGACUACAACGCGCUCCUCACCAAAGACGAGAGCCAAAAGCAGGCACUUCUCCAUGUGGUGACGGAGCACCGGAAGCGAUUCCCCAAUGCCAACAAGUCAACAGUCGCCGCCGCGUCCACUUCCACUUCUGUCGUCCACUGAUGACUUCUUAUCAGACUUCUCAUCCAACGUUCUACGAUAGCACUUACUGCUGAGCGCCAAGCGUCGCUACCAUGUGUGUAGGCUUUGCUGCGAAAUUUCGCUUUUUGUGACUGUAUGCAAAUAUAUGUUUAUAAGGGAAAAUUUUGAUUGCUGUGCGGCACGGGUUAAUGAAGCACGAAGGCUCUCAAAUUUUGCACACAGUGAUUAUCUUCCAAAAGGAACAAAAUGAGGCACUGGCCUGGAAGAAAGGAAAAACU